AUUGUACCAGCUAAUGGAAAACAAGUAAUUACCAGUAAGAGAAGAAAAGAAAAAUCAAGAGAACACUUGCUUCCUUACAUCACAUCGUUCAUCGCUCUCUCCUUCAGUAGAGAAAGAGAACACCAUUCUUUUCAUUUCCCUCCACAGAUCUCCAAAUUUCCAAUCUCCAAACCCUAACUUUCUCCUCGAUCCUUAAUCUCCAUCAACAACGUUCGUUCUCUCUUCAUUGCUCAAAAUUGAUCCUUGUUAUGUGAUAUUUGUUUGUAUGAUUCUGGAACCUUCUUGAACCUUCAUGGACAGACAUUUUCAGUACGAUGCCUGAGCUGCGUAGCCACGCACGCAGAAAUCGGGCGCAGAACAACCCAAACCCGAACCCGAUUGCCCCGAUUCCGCAACCCGACAAGCUCACUGCCCGACCCAGUCGCCAGAGGAGGACCGCUCAGAACAAGAGGAACAAGGACCCAGUAGCUGUUGCCGACGAUAAAGCCGGCGGAAGCAAUAAUAUUGUGGACCGUGUGGACGGUGUGCAAGCGACGCCGUUAUUGGGGGAAGAGAGGGGGGAAGAGGUUAGGGUUUUGAGUAAAGAGGUGGCUAAGAAGACCAUGGACGAGUACGAUAGCGGCCGAGGAAGCGGCGAUAAGGGGCCUGGAGCUGAGGAUGAAGGAAGCACAGCACCGCUUCCCGAGAAGGUCCAGGUUGGUGGUUCUCCAAUGUAUAAAAUAGAAAGAAAGUUAGGAAAAGGUGGUUUUGGCCAAGUAUAUGUUGGCAGGAGAAUUGGAACUGGGCCUGGAGCUGCAGAGGUAGCCUUAAAAUUUGAGCACAGAAGCAGCAAAGGAUGUAAUUAUGGUCCACCAUAUGAGUGGCAAGUGUACAACGCCCUUGGUGGUAGUCAUGGUGUGCCACGAGUUCAUUACAAAGGCCGGCAAGGUGAUUACUAUGUCAUGGUCAUGGACAUUCUGGGACCUAGCUUGUGGGAUGUUUGGAAUAAUAACUCGCAUACGAUGUCCAUUGAAAUGGUUGCAUGUAUUGCUAUCGAAGCAAUAUCUAUACUGGAGAAGAUGCACUCAAAAGGAUAUGUGCAUGGUGAUGUCAAACCUGAGAACUUUUUGCUUGGCACCCCAGGAACUUCUGACGAGAAGAAAUUGUUUCUUGUUGACCUUGGAUUAGCAACCAAGUGGCGAGAUAGUUCAACUGGGUUGCAUGUUGAUUAUGAUCAACGUCCAGAUGUAUUCAGGGGGACAGUGCGGUAUGCUAGCGUCCAUGCUCAUCUUGGUAGGAUUGGAAGCCGGAGGGAUGACUUGGAGUCUCUUGCUUACACACUUGUUUUUCUUCUACGUGGCCGGUUGCCUUGGCAAGGAUAUCAGGGAGAAAAUAAAGGAUUUCUAGUCUGCAAGAAGAAGAUGGCCACUUCCCCAGAAACCCUGUGUUGCUUUUGCCCUCAGCCUUUCCGGCAAUUUGUUGAAUAUGUAGUGAAUUUGAAAUUUGACGAGGAACCCAACUAUGCUAAGUAUAUCUCCCUUUUUGAUGGGAUUGUUGGUCCAAAUCCAGAUAUUAGGCCAAUAAACACUGAUGGUGCUCAGAAGCUUAUUUAUCAAGUCGGCCAUAAGAGGGGACGUUUGACUAUAGAGGAAGAAGAAGAUGAACAACCAAAGAAGAAGGUUCGGAUGGGAAUGCCAGCAACACAAUGGAUUAGUGUUUACAAUGCUCGUAGGCCAAUGAAGCAAAGAUAUCAUUAUAAUGUGGCUGAUGUGAGGCUCUCACAGCAUAUUGAGAAGGGAAAUGAAGAUGGAUUGUUUAUCAGCAGUGUGGCUUCUUGUGCAAAUCUAUGGGCUCUAAUUAUGGAUGCCGGAACUGGAUUCAUUGCUCAAGUUUAUGAACUCUCACCGUACUUUCUUCACAAGGAGUGGAUUAUGGAGCAGUGGGAGAAGAAUUAUUACAUCAGUGCAAUAGCAGGAGCAAAUAAUGGAAGCUCAUUAGUUGUAAUGUCUAAAGGAACCCAGUAUCUGCAGCAAUCUUAUAAAGUUAGUGAUUCAUUUCCUUUUAAAUGGAUAAAUAAAAAAUGGCGGGAGGGUUUUUAUGUCACUUCCAUGGCUACUGCUGGAAGUAGAUGGGCAAUCGUUAUGUCUCGUGGUGCUGGGUUUUCUGACCAGGUUGUGGAACUAGAUUUUCUAUACCCCAGUGAAGGUAUUCAUCGAAGGUGGGACAGUGGUUACCGCAUAACCUCUACUGCAGCAACCUGGGACCAGGCUGCUUUUGUUCUCAGUGUGCCAAGAAGAAAACCGGCUGAUGAGACGCAAGAAACUCUUAGAACUUCUGCUUUCCCUAGUACGCAUGUCAAGGAGAAAUGGGCGAAGAAUCUUUAUAUUGCAUCUGUUUGCUACGGUCGAACUGUUUCAUAAACAUGCAAAACUUUUGCUGGGAUGUGAAUGAUUUCAUUUUUGAUCAUGCGCUCGUACGAGAAGAGAUAGCUGUUGAUCAUCCACCCCAGUGGAGACUAGGAUAAUCUAUAGCCAGGUUGUCUGGACACUGCAUGUGGGACUUGAUAUAUGCAAAAACUCAACUUAAUUGUCAUCAUCAUGUAGCAUCUAUUGCAAACACCUGUGCUGUCUUUCAAUUCAGUCUAAGUCCUUGAGAACGAAACGUAGAUGUUUAAUGUCCGCUAGGAUGGGGCCUCUUUAUUACUAUUGGAAUGUAUAGUUUUUGAACAAUAAUUAGUUUGUUGGAGGCAUGUGCACAGGUCAUUGAUUAUCAAAAGAUGUUUUGGAAAUGUUUCAGUGGGCUUUAGGUCCUUUCAGUUGUUCAUUCUGUACUUUUUGUUUCUGAACUUGAGUAUCCUUAAGAUUGUUUAUUUAACAUCUCGCAUCUGGGUUAUCUGAUUUUAACCUUUGAGGAGGGAAAACAUGUUUCUUAUCUUGUAGACUUUUGAGGCAACAGUUCACUGUGGUUUACUGUUGACUUUCAUUCAUGUAAGAGGUGCUUCCUAGGAGUCUGUGCACAUGUAAUUAAAUUAAACUUAGAUAUAUGCAACUGCUUCAAUUCCAUUUCCUUUACACCUCUGCUCUCCUAAGAUUCAGACAUCUUUAGGUGUUACUUUGACUUGGCUAGAGUUAAUUAACUCAGAAAGCCAUGUAAGCUGAGUGGAUUUUAUUAUUUUGGUUGGCACCAGAUAAAAAGCUAAGGAUCAUUCGACCUGCUUGAAUUUUAUGUUGUAGAUAGGCUGUUUAAGUAUUUAUUAAUUAAUACUUUUUUACUGGCUACUUCCACAGAGAGCAGAUGGUUUCAUUGUGUCAAUGUUCUUGGUCAUCUGUCACUAAGAGCUGCUGUCAGUGGUCUAUAGUGUGUUGGCUUAAUUAUUGUAUUGCAGGUUGUAUCUGAUUGUUUGCGUGAGUCUUAACAAUAAGGAGUUGCAAGAUUUUCCGUGCAUUAUUAUCACAGGUAAAGGAAUUCAUUUUCAUGUUUAGGAUCUUCGGAUUAGAAAUACAGGAGCAAUGCCCUUCUAAACAGUCAGAUAUUCUCGGACUAAGUGCCUUUUUGCAGUUUGGAAAGUCCUGGGACUCCAGUUGUAGGUCUCAAAUGGAAGCUUUUCUUGUCGGAGCAACUCGGGUGGUGAAGAAUCAACCUUGACAUGGAAAUGUAAUCCGUUUGACGAUGGUAUGUCUAUGUGCUUCCACCAACAUUCAGCUUUCUUGGUUGAAUAAAACUUUUCUAGACAGAUAAUUACAUAACUUUGCAGUGAAAUAGAGUUGUGUACAGGUCCAAUACCUGUAAUACAAGCCUGGCAUUAGAAAAAAAAUGUGUGCCAAGAAUGAUAUUGAAUUGGGAUGUAAUGGGAAAGACUGAAAGGAGAUGUUUUAUUUCCUAUCCAAUUUCGUUUUGUA